AUGAUUGCUUCAACUACUGCCUUGAUUGAAGAUCCCCUUCAUGAGACAGCCGCCAAGGCCGUGGAACAAAAACAUUCCAAAGCCGUAGUCGUCUUUGAAAGGGCUGAGAAAAGACGGCAGCAACAAAUUUUAAGAGAGAGAGCUGCUGCUGUUGAUGCAUUGCAAAGGGAACUAGCCAGAAAACAACGGACUGCUGGACACUAUUCUCUCCGCAGUUCUCCCAUCAGUACCAGUGCCUCUGGAACAACGACAACUACUGCACUCACCUUUCCAAUGAGGCCUUCCUCAAUUUCGGUUGAGGUUGAUCAAAUGCAGAAUGUCAGGGUUGUUCGAAUCGUACUUCCACUUCCAAAGCCUAUAUUUGACGUACCUUCUUUAAGUCCGAGUAUUCCUGCAUCUCUUCUUCUUGGAUUAAAGCCAUACCUCCCCUUUUUGGCUCGUGACCUACCUCAGUCUACUUUUCCUUCGAGCCUUGCUCUUUUUCCGUCCUUUACAGAAACUCCAACUGCUGCUCAAUUCCCAGGGGCAGUUGAUUCUUCCACAGAGGACAUUGGUAGCUCUUCAAUUCAUGGCUCAUCACCAAUGCCCACUUCCAGCCCCUCUUCACUUGAUUUGCUGGUGGCCAAGACCAUAGAGGCUGCCAAAGAUGCUCCAUCCGUUUCUCCCAUCCCCAUGCAGCCCUUUGUGUCUUCCACCACAACACUCUCUAUGCCCUUCAUGUCAAGGGACGAGGUAGACAUCUUCGAAGGAAGACUAGCUAGUCUCUUUGACAUACCUUCUACCUCUCCCACCUCUACUGCUGAAGCUGAACCAUUAGCCUUGGCUGACUCCCUACUGGAAAUCUUCAAGAGUUCUCCUUCCUCCAGCAACAAGCCUUUUGCACCUUCAGUAGAUUUAGACACAUGCUUGCAACUGUUGACUUCUUUUUCAAGGAUCCCCUUCGAGGCUCUACAAAGGCCUAUCAUCAGGAAUGGGUUCCUUCAAUGCUGUAACAUUGCUGAGCAGUCUGCCAUGAGUGUCUCAAGUCAUCUAUCUCAGGCUGCAGCUACUAUUGAUUUCUACAUCAACAUUUGUCAUGCUGCCAAGGCUGCAGAGGAGCAACUAGUGAGAGAUUAG